UCACAGCUCAGGCAAUCAUACUGAGGUCUGAAGCUACUCUUCUCAAAGCCAGAAUUAUAUACCAACAGAUCGGUAUGGAUUCAAUCCAACAUAGAAUUCUGGCACUGAUGAAGAAUGUCUUGAUGCAUCUCGUCAAGGAUGAUUUUGGAGACGAUGAAUAUUUGGAAAAGUUCCACAACAUUCUUUGGAAAAGAGAUGGCACUGCCUUUAGAAAUACGCUGCUGAAGCUGGUGUUGGUUGAAUUGUUACCAAUUUUAGGUGGAAAUGUCCUGUUCUACUUGUGCAAAAUGUUGAUUCCUCUGUCUUUUGAUUCCCUUGUGGUCCGGCCUGUGGUACGCUGGACUUUGUUGCGUGUAGUCAAGUACUGCUUUAACUAUUGGAUCGAAGCCUAAAGGCGGAGAGGAGAAUAAUUUAUACAUGCAAAAUCUCUGAUAAAAUAGCUUAAUAUAGAGUACUGAUUUUU